UGAUGUAACUUAGAAGUGGAACACUAAAGAAGCCCCCUGCUAGAAUAUGUAUGUCUUCAUAUCAGGUAUUUUAUGCUGAAAAAGCUGCCUAAAUGAAAAAAGAAGGAAAGAUGAAAGGUAAGGAAAUUCAGAGCAAGAUCAGGGAAAUGUGGAAACAAAUGGAUGAAGAGGAAAAAGAUAAAUAUGAAGAUGAUUUCGAAAAAAUGGAGGCUAAAUAUAAAGAGGAUUUACUUUUGUAUUAUGGAGGAAGUGCACAAGAUUUGAAAAAGUAUAAAGCUUUAAUGGAAAUACCUGAAAAGCCAAAGAAGCCAGUAUCAGGUUGUUUAGUUUAUAUAGCAGAGAAUAGAAGGGCAUAUUCCGAAGAAAAACCUGAUUUAUCCUUUGGUUAGGUAACAAAGGCAUUAGUGGAUCAAUACAAUAAACUUUCAAAUAAAGAUAGAAAGAAGUAUGAUGAUGAAUUUGAUAAAAAAUUAGAACAUUAUCAUAAAUAAAUGGAGGAUUGGACAAAGUAAAUACUUAUUUUUAUAAUAUUAGAAAGUAUUCAGAAAAAAGAGAAUAAUUUGAUUAAUUGAUUGAGGAAAAAUUUAAAAGAUCAGCCACAAGAUAAGAUUUAUAAUAUUAAGAAUUACCACCUUAUAAAAGAGGUCCAAGAAAAAUGAAAGAUGAUGAAGAAACUGCAUAAUAGAAACCAGAAAAGGAUGAAAAAUAAGAUUAAAUGAAGAAAGAUGACAAAAAGAAAGAAGAAAAAGAUAAGUAAUUAUAAUUAUAGUAUAAUAAUAGUAAAAAAGGAACCAAAAAUGCCAAAGAUGAAGGCAAAGGGGAAUCCAAGAAAAUGAAUGAAAAAGAUUAAAAAGAUAAAAAAGAGAUGAAUCGCAAAAAAUCAGUAGGUAGAAAAUAUUGA